AUGGAAGAAGAAUUAGAUUUGUCGUACUUGGACUGUGAAGAUAUAAACGACGAUGUGGUUGGUGUACACUUUAAUAUAGUCGCAAUGCUACAUCAACAAUUACAACUAACAACCUCAGUGGCUGCACUAACAAUGUUAUGCAUUGUUUGUCAUGCCUUGAAUAUAUUGAAUAUGUGCUCGAGUGAUCCAAGUAGUGUUAGCACUUUCCUUCCCGACAAAGACCAUCGCAGGGAACAGUUAAUGUCGUACUUGGUGCAUACUAAUCGAUGUCGUGACAUCAUUCGGAUGGGUCCAGAGGCAUUUAUUAAUCUUUGUGAGAGACUAAGAACAACUGGGUUAGUUAAAGAUGCCAUUCGCUCAAUAGUGGAGGAACAAGUAGCUCAAUUUCUUCAUAUAAUUGGGCAUAAUGUUAAGAAUCGAAGUGUCGCAUUUUUCUUCUAUCGAUCUGGGGCGACGGUUAGCAAACACUUUCACAAUGUGUUGGAUGCUAUUUUAAGUCUAGAAUCUGAAUUUUUAACUCAACCAUCAAGAGACGAGGUGCAUCCAUAUGUCUUAAACAACAAUCGGUUUUAUCCGUACUUUAAGGAUUGCUUAGGGGCCAUAGAUGGUACUCAUGUUCGUGUAAGAGUGCCAAGAACAGAUGCUCCAAGAUUUCGUGGAAGAAAAGAUUGGCCAACUCAAAAUGUGUUUGCCGCAUGUGACUUUGAUAUGAAAUUCACAUACGUUCUAGCGGGGUGGGAAGGAACAGCAUCUGAUUCUAGAAUCUUAAAAAAUGCUCUCGAUCGAGAUGAUCCGUUCGUCAUCCCCCAAGGAAAGUACUAUCUUGGCGACGCUGGUUUUAUGCUUAAAAGUACAGUAUUGACACCAUACAGAGGCGUGAGAUAUCAUCUUAAAGAAUUCACACGCACAGGAUCACAAAAUGCACGCGAGCUCUUUAAUCAUAGACAUUCAUCAUUGAGAAAUGUUAUAGAAAGAACAUUUGGUGUGUUGAAGAAAAGGUUUCCUAUCAUUGCCAGUGGAAGUGAACCACAUUAUGGAUUGGAGACAAUGACAGACAUCAUUCUAGCUUGUUGUAUCCUACACAACUUUAUCCGUGGAGUUGAUAGGGAUGACCCAUUGCUUAAUGAGGUUCAUAAUGAGUUAAAUGAAGGGGAAGACCAUAAUGUGACAUCUUCUCAAGUUCGAGAAGAUGAUUAUAGGGUCGGUACAACUAUUAGGGAUGCCAUAGCUGAUGAAAUGUGGCGAGAUUAUGAACAUUAA